AUGCUAGCCGGAGAUUGGGUCUAUGCCCGCCUGGAGGUGGCUCCCGUGGCCGCGGCCGUCGUCGGCGCUGCCGGCUUCAAGCACGCGGUCGAGAGCGCUGCACUGGCGCUGCUGGGACCGAUCGGCGGCGCAGGAACGCUGGAUGUGUUGUCGUUCAAUGAAGAGUCGGGCGAGACUGGGUCCGCCUCGCCGCGGCGAUGA